AUGAUGAGAACAAGCACCAUCCUUCUUUUCCUAGCACUGUUUUGCACUGCCGAGGCCCAAAACAACGGGACCUGUAACCCUAUCAAGGACGAAACAUCUUGUUCAAGUGCAGGUUGUUUCUUUUGUCCUUCCUCCAGCAAAUGUCGAGUCGCGGAAUCCAACUGUCCUGGAGGCGGCGGCGGUAACAAUGGAGGAGGAGGAGGAGGUACGGAAGAAGAAGAAGACAACGAGGAGCAAAUGCCCAUUGUCAGCAAUGGCACCUGUAAUCCCAUCAAGGACCAAACGGCGUGUGAAACACAGGGUUGUUUCUUUUGUGACAAACAACAGUGUCGAGUCUCAGAAGACCGCUGUCCUAAUGCCUCGGAUGAAGGUACUUGCAACCCCAUUCAGGACCAAGCAUUCUGCGAAGAAAUCGGCUGUUUCUAUUGUGCUGAAGCCAUGAAGUGCCGUGUCUCAGAAGAACGUUGUCCUGCUCCUGAUGAAGACGAAGAAACGGAUGCCGAUGGAGACGAACCAGUAGGUGAUGGUUCUGUCACCAAUGGACUUUGCAAUCCCAUCAAGGCUCAAGGAUCCUGUGAAGAAUCUGGCUGUUUCUUCUGUACCAACAAAAGCAAGUGCCGAAUCUCGGAACAGCGCUGUCCUGGAUUCAAUGGUGUUGCGAAUGGACUCGAAGACAAUAUCAAAUGCAACCCCAUCCGUGACGCAACUGCCUGUGAAGACGCAGGAUGCUUUUUCUGCGAAGACAAGGGACUCUGUAGAGCAACGGAAGCGAAAUGUCCUCCCGGAGCGGGCACUGCAUUCGGAAGCAGCGAGUGCAAAACUUUCAAAGGAGACGAAACUGGAUGUUCCGAUGCCGGAUGCUUUUUCUGUGGUGGAUCGUCUGCCCAGUGCCGUUUGGAUGAAGCCGAGUGCCCUGGACAAGGUCGCAGCAGUCCAUGCAACGGUUUGGAAGAAACUGGCUGCUCCACUUCGGAAGACUGUCUCUGGUGUGCCGAAGGCAACGUAUGUACCUCAGCACGUGGUGGAACCUGCGCGUCUGCGGGAUUGCCUCCUGGCAAUCUCUGCAAACAAUACACCACCGAUGCCGAUUGUACCUCGGGAGAAACUUCCAACUGCCGUUGGUGCCCAGGCAACUUGAAAUGCAAGAACGCUGAAGACGAAUGUGAUGAUGGUGAAGAAGGAAUCAGAGGAAAUCCAUGCAAGGAUCAAUCCACUACGGAUGGUUGUACCGGUGUUGAAGGAUGUCUAUGGUGUGAAGGCAAUUCCAAGUGCAAAAAGGCCGAAGAUGGUUGCGAUGAUGAGGAUGAGGACGGUGAUGCUGACGAGGACGUAAACGUCGGAGCUGUCGAUUGUACCACAUUGAUCUUUGGUCCAGAUUGCGAGGCGGAAGCGUCUUGUCUGUGGUGCCCUGACGAACAGACUUGCAAUGCAGCGGACAUUUUUCUGUGUGGCGUUGCAUCGGCAACGGUGAGAAUGGAUAUUGAAUACGGUUCUCCUGCGUUCAAGCUUAAGAAUGAAGGAUUGGGUGAAUCCGAUCCAAAUGCUGUCGAGGUUGCUCUCAACUAUUACUUUGAGGUUGCCGAAGAUGGUAGCGAAAUUCCGUUCAGUUUUGUCGAUGUUCAAAAUCAAGGCUUUAAAGUUUCCCAAUCACAAGGCGUCUUCUUGGGUGUCCUGUCCAGAAAGGCAACCUUUUCUGCUGAUAUUGUAGGAGUGGGAUCUAUGGAGCUGAUUGUCUACAAGAUACUAGAAGAUGGAACAAUCACCACUCCUUCCGGAGAAGUCUUUGAUGUUACGGAAGGCGACGUCAAAUUCAAUGUCAACUUGUCAAACUGGUCAUUCUGUGAUGAAGAUGAAACUGGCAUUUGUGCCGAUUCUGGGUCAGCUGCUUAUGUUGAUAUUGCAAUGACAGUGAAAGGAAGUGCGGAGGCUCCAGAGCAAGAUGAAGCAGACGGGUCAAUCUUUGACUUGGGUGGUGGCGUACCGAUCCUUCUUACGAACCAAGUGGAAAUUGAUGGCGUCAUUGAUGCCAUGCCACCAGGCUUUCCACGAGUCGAGCAAACACCUGCCGAAGGCGCGUUCUUUGUGUUCCGAUUUCCUCGCUUCGCCAAUACCUUGGUGUACGAUCCCAUUGUCGGGUCUGGAACACUCAUUGUCAUUGAGGAUGCGACGCUACCGCCAGUGACACCGCCUACCGAUGCACCAGUAACAACUCCAACCAACCCACCACCGGUACCAGCGCCCACAGAUGCACCAGCAACAACUCCUUCUGUCCCAUCACCGGUUGUAGCUCCCACUGAUGCACCGGCAACGACUCCUACCGACGCACCGGUAGUAGCACCCCCCACAGAUGCACCGGUAACGACUCCUACUACCACACCGGUAACAGCACCCACCACCGCACCACCAGGCGGUGAUUCUGGUGCCAACACACUCGCACUUCUAAUGCCUUUGGCUGUGUGUCUUGCCGCAUUUUGGUCUUCAAUAGAAUAG